AUGUACACCAGCGAAGUCAACUUGGCCUGCGCGUUGCUGCAGGAUGCCUUCGGCCCUUACGUGUCGUCGGUGGGUCGGCAGCUGCUGCUGUGUCGCAGUCUGACCUUCUUAGAGUUGCGCGACUUGCUGCCCAGCAGCAGCGGCAGCAGCGGCAGCAGCAGCAGCUCAGCAGCAGCAGCAGCAUCUAAGGCCAAGACAGCAGCAGCAGCGCAUCUGCAGCAAGGCCGAGACGAAGACUAUUGCAUGCUCAGAAACGCGCUGCUGAUCCUGCUGCAGCACAACUUGCUGCACUGCACUCCCCUGACCCCAGCUGGUGGAGCCCUGGGGCCAAUCACAGCAACAGCAGCAGCAGCAGCUGUGCACGCUGACGCAGCAGCAGCAGCGGCAGCAGCCCAAGCGCAGCAGCAAGGGGCGUCUUUCCCUGGGUCCGCCGGCAACAGCAGCAGCGGCACCAGUACAAGCACCAACAGCAAGGCCAACUGCGGCAACGUGGCUGCUGCUGCUGCUGCUCCUGCUGCUCCUGCUGCUGCUCCUCUGCAGCCCCACGGCGGUGUCCGCUACAGCCUGAAAGUGCAUGCAGCCCUGGCGCUGCUGCGCUUUCCCGCGUUUGCUGCUAUCACAGAAGAGACCUUCGGCAGCAACGCGCGGCUGCUGCUGCUGCAGGUGCUCAAGGCAGGGCGUGUCUGCAUGCAGGAUGCAGUUGCCCUGGCCUUAGCUGACCCGUGUGAGGAACUUUGGCUGCUGCUGCUGCUGUUGCUGUUGCUGCCGUUGCUGCUGUUGCUAGAUUAG